AUGAAAGUAACAAUAAAUCAAGAGCAAGAUAAAACUCCUUCUUUAUCACGUAAAAAACGUCGUCAACUUGAAAGAAAAUUAAUUAAAGCAAAACGAAAUGCAUGGCAUCAUGGAGAAAAAAUUCCAAUGUCUAUUGAUACUUUUUCACAUACAAUUGAAAAUCAAGAAGAUUUAAAAAAGAAAAAGAAAAAAAAGAAGAAGAAAAACAAAUCAAAAGACGAAACAUCUGAAUUAACAUUUGAUGAAAAGAUUGCUAAAGAACAUCAUCGAAAAAUUUUAUUAGAAGAUAAUGAAGCUGAAGAUGCUCAUAUUAAAAAAUUAGAAAAACUUUUACGUAUUAAAUCUAAUCGAAAAACUUAUUUACGUGGUUUUAUUGAUGAUGGAUUAGAUUAUUUACUUGAUUUUUGUGAUAAAGAUCGAAGAAAACAAAUUUUGAUUGCAGAAGGUGAUGGAGAAGGUAAUGCUUGGUAUGAUGAACAAGAUGAAGAUCAACAAUGGUUAGCUAAUAAACAAAAACAACAAGUAGAUUUAGCAAAUCAACUUGAACAUCAAGAAAAUAAUAACAAACAAGAAAAAACUAAAAAGAAGAAAACAUCUCUCGUUAAAUUUAAUGAUCAGGUUCAAACUAACAUGAUUGAUGAUGAUUCAUUUGAUGAGGAAAACGAGUUUAAUGAUGAUGAUGAUGAUGAAGAAGAAGAUUUCGAAGAGGAUGAAGAAGAAGAUUUCAAGGAGGAUGAAGAAGAUUUCAAGGAGGAUGAAGAAGAUUUCAAGGAGGAUGAAGAAGAUUUCAAGGAGGAUGAAGAGGAAGAUGUCGAGGAGGAUGAAGAAGAAGAUAAUGAUGAUAAAGAAGAAAGUCCACCGAUAAAAGAAGAUAUUUAUGGACGAACAAUUGAUGCCAAAGGCAAUAUUGUCAAAAAUAACUCAAGUGGAACUUAUAUACCUCCUGCUCUUCGUCAAAAAUUAAAUUCAACAGAUGAUAAUUCAACUAUAGAAAUAAAACGUCGUCUUCAAGGUCAAUUAAAUCGUUUAAGUGAAAAAAAUUUAUCAUCAAUAUUAAUUGAAAUUGAAACAUUUUAUCGUUUACAAUCACGUGCAUCGAUUAAUUCAUGUUUAUAUCAAUUAUAUCAUGAUAGUCUUUUAUCAUCAAUAUCAUUAGUUGGUGAAAGUUUACUUUCUGAACAUGCUUUACUUGCUUGUCUUCUUCAUGCUAAUAUUGAUUUAGAAAUAGGUUCAUAUUUAUUAGAAAAUUUCUUACAAAUAUUUAUUAAACAUAUUAAUGAUGAUGUAUCAAAUAAAAUAAAUGAUAAUUUACUUAUAUUUAUUUCAUAUUUAUAUACAUUUCAUAUGAUAAAUGAUAAAAUUUUAUUUGAUAUAGCUCGAUAUUUAUUAAAUAUUGAUCAAUUAAAUGAAAAACGUCUUGAAUUAAUUCUUUUAUUAUUAAAAACAAUUGGAUUUAUUUUACGUAAAAAUAAUCCAUUAGAAUUAAAAAAAUUUUUACAAGAAUUACGAACAUUAUGUUCAUCAUCAACAUUAUUAUUAUCAUCAUCAAAACGUGUUGAAUUUAUGAUGGAUACAAUAAAAAGUUUAAAAAAUAAUGAUGUUAGAAAAUUACCAGGUGGUUUUGAACCUGAACGUAUUGAUCGUUUAAGAAAAAUUUAUCGAAAUUUAGUUAAAGAUAAAACAGUACAACAUGCUAAUAUACUUAAUGUUGGUUUACAAGAUUUUUUAAAUGUUAAACAACAAGGACGAUGGUGGAUUGUUGGAUCAGCAUGGCAAAAACAAACUUCUCAAGAUAAUAAAUAUAAUAAUAGUCAAAAAAUAGAAUUACAAUUUAAUGAAAAAAUUAGAAAAUUAGCUAAACAACAACAUAUGAAUACUGAUGUUAGACGAUUAAUCUUUGGAACUUUAUUGACUAGUGAGGAUUAUGAUGAUGCUGUUGAAAAACUUCAUAAACUCAAUUUAAGUAAAGUACAAGAACGAGAAAUAAUUCAUGUUACAGUUCAUUGUUGUUUACAUGAAAAAAUUUACAAUCCAUAUUAUACAUUAAUUUUACAACGAUUUUGUGCAUAUGAUCGUCGUUUUCAAAUAUCUUUACAAUAUCAUACAUGGGAUAGAUUCAAAGAUCUUUCGUUACUUAAUAAGCAACAAUUAGUAAAUUUUGGUUGUGCACUUUCUCAAUUGUUAAUGUCUAAAUCAUUAACACUCAAUAUAUUCAAAAAUUUCAACUUCAUCGAAUUAACAUCAUUAGCACGAACAUUUCUUGUUGAAUUGUUUGUUAAAUUAUUUAAUGAGACUGAUGAUUCAUCAUUAAAAAAUAUUUUUCAAUUUUCAUCAACUCAAAAUUAUAAAUUUGUUAAAGAUGCUCUGAAAUUAUUUCUUUCACAUUUCAUUUUAAAAAAAUCGAAUUAUUCAGAAUUAGUUCAUCAUCGUUGUCAGAUUGCCAUUGAUCAGUUGUCAUUUGAAUAA